AUGACAGCAAUUAAUGGCCAAGCAACUACAACACCUACUUUUAACACAGGUGCGGCUGUCUUCGUCCCCAAGAAAAAGAUUGCUGACGGAGGUGCAACUGGACAGGCAGUGUUAGAUACAACAAGCUAGACUAAUACCAUGAUGGGUCAGCCAGGUUAAUACAACGGUGCACAACAAUUUAACAGAAUGCCAUAAGCAUAAAACAUAUAUCAACCUUAACAGUAUCAGCAACCAAUUAACUAUGGCUAUGCCAAUUAAGGUUACCAAUAACCAAGUAAUAAUCAUUCCCUCUCUAAUUUCCCUUAUUUUAUAGUGCAGCAACCACUUUACAACUAAUUCUAAAACUCAUUCUAAAACUAGUACUACUAGAAUUAUCAACAGCCACAAAUGAACUAUGCAAAUACUGGGUUCCAACCAACUCAAUAGAAUACCAUGUUAAAUGCUAGCUAAGCCCCACCAUUUAAAAAGAGUUUGAAUCUUCAAGCUAAUGAGUUCUAGCCUAAAUCAUCUACCGCUUCCCAGUCUACGUCAAAGGUAAAUAGCCCAAAGAAUAAUCCUGCUCCAGGAGCUGCCUAGAAUGGAUUUAGUUAGACUGCUAAUUUUGCGUCAGCCUAAUUGCAAAAUUUAGAUACUACCAAUAUCUCUUUGCCAUAAACUAUGGCUAACUCAAUCUCACAUUAACUUAAUUUGGGAGCAUCAACUUUCAUCCCAACCAAAAAGGCUUAACAGACCGUAACCCCCUAGAUUCAGUAGACACCCUAGAUUCAAGCUGUGAUAACUCCUGUUGAAGAUAUCACAAGUAAGGCACUUAGCAAAUUGUCAGAAUCUGACUAGAAAUAUUUGAAAUCACUCAUAACUAAGGUGAAGUCAUCUGGAAAGUUAACCCUUGAACUUCUCAAAGAAUUCAAAACUCUUGACAUCGCAAAGUAAACACCUACUAAUUACUAUACUGAAGUUGCUACAAGAUCAGUGAUCCAAAAGGAUGAACAAAGAGCUCCAGCAAGAGGAGGAUAUAAGCCAAGAGGUGGAUAGUAAAACAUAGGGGAAAGAGACAACCAAAGAGGGGGUCAUGGUGGUGCAGGCAGAGGCAAGCAGCACUAUCCUCCUAGAGUUGAAAAUGACAGCUUUGCAACUGGUUAAAUCAAAUAACAACAACCAGUUCAAAAUAACAACUUCACCCAUCAUGCCAGGCAAGAAGAACCAAUGGAUGUAUUCCAAAGACAAGAGGCUAAUAAGUUCAAGUAGGAAUUGACAAACCAGUCUAAGAUGGCUAUUGAAAAAGCUAGAUCAGAAAAGAAUAUUGAGCAACAGAUUAAGCUGAUCUGCAACAUUAUCACCCCAAACAACUUUGACAAGAAAUUCUUAGAACUUAGAGGUCACUUAUUCGGUGAUCUUAAGCUCAAGGAUGAAGAUGGCUACCACCCAGAGAAAGAUAUUCUCAAGGAGUAGCUCAACUACACUAACAUGAGAAUAAUUGUUGACAGAAUUUUCAAUAAGGCUCAGAACGAGCAUGAAUAUUGCAACUUCUAUGGAGAUUUGUGCCAAUAGAUGAUUAAACUUGAAUUAAACUUGAGAAAUCUUGAUACCAGAAUCAGUAACUCUAAAUACUCUAACUUCAGAAAAACUCUUCUCGAAGAAUGCAAAACAAGUUUUGAAUAAUUCUUCAGCGUAGACUAAGAUCAAAGAAAGUAAAUGAAUUAAGAUCAGCUGUAUAAGUUCCAAAAGAAGCUAAUGGGCAAUGUCAGAUUUGUCGGUGAGCUCAACAGACGUUAACUUUUGCAAGAUUCCAUUAUCAUUUCUGUACUUAACUCCCUUAUUGGAGCAGAAACUGAAGCUCAAAGAAAAUUUGUCAACGAUGAUACCCUUGAGGGUGCUAUCACCUUGAUGAAUAAGAUUGGAAAUCUUAUUGAUGAUAAACUAACCAAAAUGACAUAAGAGAUUCAAAACCCCAAUUUUAAGGCUGAUAGAAAACAAAAGAAUGAGCAUACAAUCAAACUCUUUGAAAACAUUUUCAAUAAAUUUGAGGAAAUUGCUUUUGAUAAUGGAGAGAAAUAUGCUGACAUUUCAUUGAGAGUCAAGAUUUUGAUUAAGAAUAUGCUUGAUAACAAGAAAUCUGGAUGGGAAAAGACUAAGAAGCAAAAUGAAGGAGGCCCUAAAAAGGUUGAAGAUUUGAGAAAGGAAAUCUAAGCCAAGUAGAUGGAGGAAGAGAAAUUGAGAGAGGCUGAAUAUUAUGAAGAGCAAUAAACAAGAUACUACGAUAAUAAUAAUAGAAGAGGAGGUGAUCGCAGAGAUAACAAAUAUGGAAAGUCUAAUACUGUCUACGCCAAAAGAGGAGGUAGAGGUGGAUUCGGAGGUGGAGAUUAUGAUACCACUUCUCAAGGUUCAUAUAAUAACGACAGAAGACAAAGUUAAAGAUAAGAUAGAAACUAGAAAUAUCAAGCAAAGAAUAGGCCACAAGGAGAAAGAGGUCAGUAACAAGAGGCCAAGCAAAUGGAAGAUAGCUAAAUGGCUAAGAACGUUGUCGAAAACUUCCACGCAUACGAUGAGUCAUUGAAGAAUGAGAGUGAGAGUCCUCUUCAGCCAGACCACUUCAACAUCUUCAGUGAGUUGAAGACUGUAUAUCAAAAAUAAGGGGAAACCAUCUUCUACUAGUUCCUAAACAAAGUUUACGACUCUACUGAGGAUCAGAUUAUGAAGUCUCUACCUAACUAUCUUAAUGAGGUUGUUAAGACUAAGUUUUUAUCUUCUCAAGAUAUCACCAAGGGUAUAAAUAAGUUCUUGCAAGCUGUACCUGAUCUUGCUAGUGACUAUCCCAAGAUAGGACAAUAUCUUUCUAAGACCCUAUUUACUCUAAGUGAACUAGGUGUUCUUAACUACAUCGAAAUCAUUUGGGUAAAUGAUGAUGCUCAAAAGUCAGAGGAUGACAUGAUCUUUGUUGAAGCAUACUUCGAGAUUAUGGCAGGACUUUUGAAUUAAGAAUAUUAGAAGCUUAAGGAUUGGAAAGCAGUUGCUGAUCUUUACGUAUCCAAGUAAUUGAAUUAGAAAUUCAGAAAAAUGAAGGAUAUGAUCUUAGUUGAUAGUCUUUUCUCUGAUAUCUAAGCUGAAUAUCCAGGACAAGCUGGUCAGGUUAUCACUGCAUUACUUCAGCAAAACAGUGAUCUUCUUAGUCAGCUAGUAUCAGUAUCCAUUAAUUUAUGA